AGCAGCAGCAGCAGCUUUAACCAUGUCUCCACUUUUAGUCUGUGUUUGGGCAGAGGGAGGGGCUGCAGAGGGUAAAGGAGCAGAUGGGUUGUAUUUUUAUAAAACAUGUGCUCGUCCUGCAUGUCUGACAGUGAUAAAGAAGGAACGUCCCACACAGGAGCUGCUGUGACUUUCAGUCAAAAGACAGCCAGGCAGACUCAGGGACACCAAAAAAGAAAUCUGUCAAAAUCACCAGAGGUGUCCUUGAGAAGACAAGUGGACCAGAGGAACAUGGAGCUGAAGACGGGAACGUCCUUGAAUGGCCUCGCGCAGGCAGGCGUCACCUUGGAGAAGUUACACAACGUGGCGAGGGAGUUGACACUUCCAGGGAAGUUCAUCCUCAGAGUCCUGGAUGCUGCCCUGGAGUCUGGAACAAACCUGCUGGCCACAGUUUUGGGAAGUCAAGUGGUGAAAGGACAUUUUCACCUCAUGCUGUCUGUGCUGGUGCUGUUCGGGCCUGCACUCAGUCUCUGGGUGUCAAAGUUCAGCAUCUUUGCCAACAGCCACCAUUACCUGUACAGGAAGUUCCUGAGAUCCACCUGGGGUUGGACCUGGAUCUUCACCGCUUCCUUCAUCCUCCUCCUCUCCCUCUCAGCCCGACGCUCCCUCUCUCUUUCACUCCGCCACCUCUCACGGUUAGGGGUGGUGGGUUUGCUCUGGUUGGGGUGCCAGUGUCUCCUCACCCUGCUGGAGGACGCAACAGGGACCUGUUAUGAACCCAUGGCCCUCGCACAGGGUGACGCCCAGAGCUCCACGGGUGUACCGCUGCUGCUCCUCCACGAGGAGCAGACCAAGGCCUCCUGCCUCAGAGCCAACAUGAUGUGGAGGGGUUACGAAGUUUCGCAGGACGUCCUCAUCCUCUGCUUGUGCUGUCUGCUGCUGGUGGAGGAACUGUCAGUCUUUGGCGCUCACAUAUCUAAAGCGAAGCUCCAGCAGGAAUCACCGGGAGGCCCGUUGAGAUUUAUCUUCCUCCUGUGUGUAACUCUUCUUGCUGUGUGGAUGCUCCUGCUGCUGUGUUUGCUCGCACACUUUCCAAAGUUCCCCUCCCAGCAGCUGGGGGGAGCUUUGGGCUACCUGGGGUGGAAAGGACUUUACCAGUGUUGGUACAGACUCACACCGAAAUGGUGUUUUACUUGUUUGCCAGGAGACGAACUUGUAUCCUCUGUGGAUUCUGGCAAACCAAAGCACUAAACUCUGUGACCUAAGGACAGUGUGACCUUUAAAGCUCAGGAUGUUUGAAAAAGUCUCCUCAUUAGGUCAACUUGGUAUAUAAAAAUAGAUGUAAUCUUCCAGUUCGGUUGUCUGGUUUAAAAAGUGAAGCCUCAAAAGUAGGUUUAGCCGCUGGAGGCGACGCUGCUGGUUUCAAUGAAUGCAAGUCUAUGGGAAAAGGAGCCAACGUGAUUUAUAACAUCAAUGCUACUGAGGAGUAAAUGGUCUCAAUCACUACUUCCAGGUCUUCUUCAAUAGAACAGGACAUCAGACUAUGAAGCAAAGCACAUGUAGAUUGACACCAGUGUGAGUGACAGCUGGUAUCAUCCAAUAGGGAGCCUGGUUUACAUGGCAUCAGUCAAAUUUUGACGCUACAAAAGGGCCGUUCAAUUUGCAAUCACUAGCACUAGACUACUUCCAUUUUUUACACAAAGACUUAUGUGUUUAAAUAUGUUCAUGUAAAAUCCUUUUCAGCCAUAGAAUGUAUAUUAAAAUGGACUAAGUCUGCGUUUACAGUUUACAGUUUUUAAAGUGGAGCCCAAAGAGUAGCAUAUGAGCCAACAGUGGGCAAACUCUGCUGUUUGAGUUGCAGUCUGUAGAAAAAUCAUCCUACUUCUCACUUGAUUUAUAAAUUCCAACGAGGAACAGGAGUUACGGGUCUCCUCCAAUAGAACAUGAUGUCAGUUUUGUAAAUGAUGUUCCCAUUUAGAGGA